AGACUAAGAAAACGGUGUUUGGGCAAUAAUUUGAGAAGCAAACAAGGAUCUUACAAAAAUCACACUAAAAAGGGAAUAAACAAAGCAAAGGUAGAAGAUUUCAUCCCUUGACUCAGUUCACUGUGCUGUGACAGAGUUGUUCUAAAUCUCAAGAAUGGCACUUUCAAUGCAACUCUUCCAUGUGAAACCAGGGAGCCCCUUUCACUCUUUUUCGUUGCGGAGGCCAACUCCUCUCAGGUGUUCUGCGGCGCCCCCUCUUUCCAAGUCGAAGCGCUCUUACACCAUUACUCUCCUUCCUGGAGAUGGCAUCGGUCCCGAAGUCAUCGCCGUCGCCAAAGACGUUCUUCUCCUCGCCGGUUCUCUCGAAGGGAUCAAUUACGAGUUCCGAGAGAUGCUUCUUGGUGGAGCUGCGUUGGAUGCCACGGGACUCCCGUUACCUCAAGAGACCCUUUCUGUCGCUAAGCAAUCUGAUGCUGUUCUUCUUGGUGCCAUUGGAGGCUACAAAUGGGAUAAAAACGAAAAACAUCUCAAGCCAGAGACUGGCUUGCUUCAGCUCCGAGAAGGGCUUCAAGUAUUUGCAAAUCUGAGACCAGCGACUGUAUUCCCUCAGUUAGUGGAUGCUUCGACUUUGAAGAGAGACGUUGCUGAAGGUGUUGAUCUCAUGGUUGUAAGGGAACUCACUGGAGGAAUCUAUUUUGGAAAACCAAGGGGCUUUGGUACCAACGAAAAUGGUGAAGAAAUUGGCUUUAAUACUGAGGUUUAUGCUGCACAUGAGAUUGAUCGCAUAGCUCGAUUUGCAUUUAAGAUUGCUCAGAAGAGACACGGGAAACUUUGCUCUGUUGACAAGGCCAAUGUGCUAGAGGCAUCAAUGUUCUGGAGAAAAAGAGUUAUUGCGUUAGCCCAAGAAUAUCCUGAUGUUGAGCUCUCACACAUGUAUGUUGAUAAUGCCUCAAUGCAACUCAUUCGCUAUCCAAAACAGUUUGACACAAUUGUGACAAACAACAUUUUUGGCGAUAUAUUAUCAGAUGAGGCUUCAAUGAUCACUGGAAGCAUUGGGAUGCUUCCUUCUGCUAGCUUAGGGGAUUCGGGACCUGGACUUUUUGAACCCAUACAUGGUUCUGCACCUGAUAUUGCUGGACAGGACAAGGCAAACCCAUUUGCUACUGUUCUUAGUGCUGCUAUGCUUUUGAGAUAUGGCCUAGGAGAAGAGAAAGCCGCUGAAAGAAUAGAGAAUGCAGUUCUGGACACUUUGAACAGGGGAUUUCGAACUGCUGACAUAUAUUCUGAUGGAACUAAGCUUGUAGGAUGCAAACAGCUUGGUGAAGAGAUACUGAAGUCAGUGGAGUCUGACGUUCCUGCUGCUGCAGUUUGAUUUGAAACCAACACUGCUUAAAAUUGUUUCAUCUCAAAGGUCACUAUGAGUGUCAAAGCUUAAAAUAUCUCUCCAUCUCCCUAGCCUGGAGAGUUCCAGCUUCCUUCUGCCUGAAUGUUUGGUUUUACGUUAAUUCAUGAAGUGCGUUUUUCCAUACACCACAAAGAAUAACUUUCAAUGAAUUGAACGCUCGUUCUCAAACUUCUGACACGUAUCCAAACACAUGCUGCAUUGUUUGUUUUGGUUUCAAAUCCAGUGCCAUGUAUAAUUGGACUUUUGAAAGUGACAAGGUUGUUGUUUUGUACCAGGCAUCAUCUAGUUUCUCUUGCAUGCGAAGCCGCUUGUAAUAGUGGAAUAAUGAUUAAUGGAGGUUCAAAUUUUUAUAGCCAUUCUGCUAACU